UCUUCCACUUAUCUCUCUCUCUCUCUCACACACACAUGGCAGAGAAAACGGGGCCGAAAUGGGAAGGGAAGACCUCAGUGGAGCUGAAAGGUGCGACAGCAGACCAAGUAUGGCCUUUCUUUGAGGACUUCUGCAAUAUUCAUCAAUGGUUUCCAAUCCUUGAAACGUGUUACCAAGUCGAGGGCGAGCCAGGCAAGCCGGGCCUCGUCCGCUACUGCGCUUCCAAGCCAAAACCAUCCUCCGACGGCUCAGGUGGGAACAUCAUCAACUGGGCCAAAGAGAAGCUCAUCAUGAUAAAUCCAGUUGAACGGUGUCUAAGCUACGAGGUCAUUGAAAAUAACAUGGGAUUUAAUCCGUAUACGGCCACAUUCAAAGUAUUGCCGGUCAAUGGAGAUGGAGCAGGUGAUCAAAAGGGGUGUAAGAUCGAAUGGUCAUUUGUUUGUGAUCCGAUGGAAGGGUGGAAAUUGGAGGAUAUCAAUUCCUCUAGGAACUCUAUUCUCCAGUUUGUGGCCAACAAAAUGGAACAAGCACUAUCUGUCUCUGCCUGAAGUUUGUCUCUUGUCCACAAUAAUCUUGUAGACUGGUAAUAAUGUAAGUGGUACUAAAGUUGUGAGGUUUCAAAUUGGAGUCUUCAUCCAAAUCAGUUGUACAAAAAAACAAAUAAAACAAUGCAAGUGCUUAGCCUUAGGCAUGGUUUGUGUAAGCUAGCUUAUCCUCCAUUGCAAUUGGAGAUUCACUAAUGACAAGUUGUGAUA